CGUUGUCCAGUGUUGAUGUGUCGCAGAUUUUAAAAAGUGAGGGAGGCAGGCAGCUGGAGUUUGGAGUGAGGGAACCGCAGAGGCUCAGCGUACAAAACAGGAGUCCACACCGGGAGCAAGCGGCGGCAGUGACACUUUGACGGUGUUUGCCCUCCUCUUUAGCUGUUUUUUAUUUUCUGCACUUCGACAAAAACAGCACAGACACAGUUUGUGUCCUGUUUGUAAGAGGAGCAGCGCGCGGCGAUGGAGCUGUCAUCGAUAGGUGACCAAGUGUUUGCAGUUGAGUCAAUAACAAAGAAGCGAGUCAGAAAGGGUAAUGUGGAGUAUCUACUCAAAUGGCAGGGAUGGCCCCCAAAGUACAGUACUUGGGAACCAGAGGACAAUAUUUUGGAUCCGCGCCUGGUCUUGGCCUACGAAGAAAAUCAGGAGAAGAUCAGAGCUCUGGCCUAUCGGAGGAAAGGUCUCAGACCUAGGAGGCUCGUCUUGCGGAACAUCUUUGCCAUGGACCUCCGCAGCGCCCACAAGGUCACAGAGAAGCCCCCACCCCGGCUGCGUCUCUCCCUCACCCGCUCCAUGAGUACAGAUGUGGACCAGGUUGAGCGGGGUAGCAUGUACCGUCGCCCAGUCAGGAGGAAGAGCAAGCAAAGGGUGGCUAAACGAGGGCCAGAUGGACCCUCAAGCAAACCCAUCCGUCCACUGAGGAAGAAGGAGGAGCCCAUAGAGGAGGACUGGAGCAGCAUCAGCGAAGAAGAGAAGCAGCAAUCCGAAAGCACCACAGAGGAGAGACGCGAAGACAGUUUAUACGGUCAGUCAGAGUGCAGCUCCCCGCCCUUGCUGGUACGACAGGACUUAGAGAUGGAAGUGGAGGAGAAGGAGGACGCUGACCUGAUGGUGGUAGGCUCAGAAACAUGGACCGAUGGAGCAGUUGGAGGGACAUCUGAAACAAGACAGAACCAAACGUUUGCGUGCAACCAAUCAAAAGACAGCGCCUCAGUGCCUGUGGCCGGACCAGGAGAUGCGGCUACCGGGGGCGACGGGUCAGAUUGGGACAGAAGUGAGGAGGGUGAGGAGUCAGGGUCGGAAUGUCGCAGAUUAGAGAGAAACAACACGACCUCAGUGAUAGUGAGUGUUCAGAGGAGCAUCGAGGCGGCAGGUGCUACCGCCACCGUCUGCUCCGUUGCUGAGGCGAGGAACGAGGAGGUGAGAGGCGACAAUCAGAGCAGUACCACGAUGACGCCAGGCAGUCAGUCCGCUCCCGCUGCAGCAGAUCAUCCCGGGAAGGUGAUUGUGACAGAUGUGACUAUCAACUCACUGACAGUGACUUUUAAAGAAGCCAUGGUGGCUGAAGGCUUCUUUAAGGGCUAUUGAGAGAAGAGAAACAGAGCUGAAAAUAACCAUAAUUAGACUUGCCACUCAUUUUCUACAUGUAAAUAGUUGUGUAAGUAAGAUAAUUCCACAUGUUUACAAAGUUACACUCAUUUCCAGCUGAGUUCAAUGAAGACAUUAUUGCCUUUGAAUAAAAAAAUGAGUGGUAAUUUCA